AUGGUGAAUAGUGGUGAUCAUGAUAUGGUGGUGCCUUUCAUUGCAACUCAAGCUUGGAUAAGAUCUCUCAAUUACUCCAUCAUUGAUGACUGGAGGCCUUGGAUGAUAAACGAUCAAAUCGCUGGAUACACGAGAACUUAUGCCAAUAAGAUGACAUUUGCUACUGUCAAAGGAGGUGGACACACGGCAGAGUAUAAACCAAAUGAGACAUUUAUCAUGUUCCAAAGGUGGAUCAGUGGCCAUGGCCUUUAG